AUGUGCGCUACUGAGUUGCUGUCAAUGAAGGAUUCAGUAAGCAAAGAAGAUAAUACAAAAUCCAAAGCUCAGCUUAAAGCUGAAAGGAGGGCUAUUCAAGAAGCUCAAAGAGCUGCGAAGGCUGCUUCUAAAGGUACUGACAAGCCAAAAGUCACGCAAACACCAAAUGCCGCUCCUAGUAAUGCACCAAAUACUCACCCAAACCAGGACACAGGCAUGGAUAAACAAAAGACUAUUUCCUCUGUGGAUGAGAAAGCAUGUAUCGGUGUGGUGCAAAGUCAAAAUAACCGCCUCGAUUAUUCCAGCCUUAAAAUUGCCGAAGUUCCGAAGUCCAGAACACAGGAGUCCUGUCGCGUUCACCUCUUCAAGCAUCUUGACCAACCAGACAAGCGAGUAAAUGUUAUCAGUUAUCUUGGUUUAGGAACUCGUUCCUCAAUCCAUCCUUCAUUCCUCACUCUGGGUGUCGAUUUUGACGAAGAUCGAAUAUGGGGCUCCAAUGAGAAGUGUUUAGCAUUUUUGUCGUCAUGUGAAGAACUCAUACGUUCAUUCAUUCCGAAGUCACCUACCGAAAGAAUGAACAAUCACACUGGAACAAAUGAUGCUCUGUUUUGCCGGAGUUUCGGACCAGUUUUGCAAGCUCAUGUAAACUUUCUUCAGCUUUGUCGUCCAUUAUCUGUUACGAUACAUAAUGCAUAUCAGUAUCUGAAGCAGACACUUACUCGCCUAGAUUCCGUGGAAGAUUGGGAUGAGUGCAGAGGCAGUUUUUUAUCAGCCAUCGUCGAAUUUAGACGUGGUUCAAUUUACUUGGCAGGAGAUGAAAUUGUAGAUCGUACAGUUAAUUUGAUUCGUUCUGGUGAAUGUGUUUGUAUAUUUGGAUAUUCAUCCUUGGUAGCCCGUGUGCUGGAACGUGCAUGGAAAUCUCCAUGCAACACAUCUGUCAAUCAAGUUGAUGCAAAUGUUGAUUUUUUAGCGGACAAAAUGAAAACAUGUUUUGUAAACACGAAAUCGGAUCCAUCAAAUAAAACUACAAACAGAGUUUUUAGUGUUUUGGUUGUUGACUCUCGACCGAAAUUUGAAGGUAGACAAAUGCUAACCAGAUUGUUGAAAGCAGGAAUACCAUGUGAAUAUACACAUAUUGGUGCAUUGCCAAGUGUUGCAAAUAAGAUAUCUCUAGUUAUUCUGGGCGCCCAUGCUCUUCUUAGCAAUGGCUACGUACUAGGUCGUAUGGGGAGCGCUCAAGUAGCCAACAUUGCAGCCUCUAUUUCUCAUGCUCCAACAAUAGUCUGUGCUGAAACUUACAAAUUUUGGGAGCGCGCCCAUUCUGAUGCAUUCGAGUAUAACGAACUUGGAGAUCCUGACGACAUUUGGCGAGGUCCACGAGGUACAUCACCAGACUAUAAAAAGGGCAUUCCUGGUUUCGGUCCAACUGGACUUCCAGAUAGAAUUGAAUCUUCUACAACUGAUUUGAGUGAAUGGCGUUCAAAUUAUAGUCUUAGACUGUUACAUUUAGAAUAUGAUGUGUUACCGCCUACAUUGGUUACAGCUGUAGUAACUGAAAAGGGCACCUUACCUACAACCUCUGUUCCUGUAGUCCUGCGAGUAAAACAAGCUUCUAUAGCCAAUGUGUAA